GGAGUGAGAGGGACCACCUCCGCAAGCUCAAGCACCCUCAGUUGAAAAGAGUGCAAUGAGCUGUGCGCUGUCACAUCGAUAGUUGCUUUCUCCUCUCCCUCUCUCCCGAACGCGCUUCUGCUUGCUUUCGCAGGCUGUCAGCUGGAAGCAUCAGCAUAGCCCUGCUGGCUUCGGGACACUUCCUGGGAGGAAUUUCCGGCAGUGGAUACUUCAUCCAGCUAUCGCCAAAAGGGUUAUCUGUUCUCACGGUCGGUGAUGGUGUGACAGACACAUCUUUCACGCUCUGAUCUUCCCGAGGGGGAGCCACUGAGGAUUAGCUGGCAGAUGAUGCAUCAGGGGGAGGAGGAAAGGCCGAGUUUAUCUGCUGUCCCUGUGUCACAGAGAGCAUCUGAGGAGCAUUCAGCUGCCAGCGGCAUUAGUGGGCCUCAGCCAUCCAGCUGUUCACCUCACUGCCACAGCUAAAGUGAUGAGUCCCAGUCUUUCCUUUCAGGACUAAAAGUGGACAGGACGUCAAUGGGCUGGACUAUGAUUCUAAAAGAUGACUCUGGUGUAACGGGCUGGACAUGGCGUGUUGGGAAAUACCUGCUGCUCUCUAUGUCUCUCAUUGGAAUGCAAGUGAGGUCGGACCUGGAGUUUCCAAAGGACAGGCACUAUACUUGGAAAACGGGUCAGUGGGGCAGGUGCAUGGGGGAAGAAUGUGGAACUGGCGGGGUCCAGUCCAGAACGGUGUGGUGCAUCCACACAGAAGGCUGGACCACGCACCACUCCAACUGCCGGCACGCAGACAAACCCGAGAGCCAGAGGUCAUGUUUUAAAGUGUGUGAGUGGCACCAGGAUCUCUUCGAAUGGGAGGUGUCAGAAUGGGGGCCGUGCGUUCUAGCCCCGUUCCUGUCCAACGAGCUCAAACCUCGGACUGCGGAGUGCGUCACAGCCCAGCACGGGAUCCAGAGACGGAAGGUCCAUUGCGUGCGCACCUCGAACCGCACGGCUGUUACGGAGAGGAUAUGCGAGUUCUUCUCCCCACGACCGGCGCUCGAACAGGCCUGCUUAAUCCCCUGCCCUCACGACUGUGUUGUGUCCGAUUUCUCCUCCUGGUCCGGCUGCAGUCGAACUUGCGGCAUGGGUCUCCAGCAUCGGACCCGGCAUGUGCUAGCUGCUCCGAUGUACGGAGGCGCUAACUGCCCUAACCUCACCCAAAUGAGGAAUUGCGCAAACCUUUUGCCCUGCCCAGUUGGGGAAAGCGAGCAUCACUACAGCCUUAAAGUCGGCGCCUGGAGCGAGUGCAGGCAGCCGCAACACAAGGGGCUUUGGAUGAGCGGAAGGACCAUGCUGGACUUCAGCACGGGAGAUACCGAGAGGAAUACCGUGAAGCGGCAUAUCCAGAGCUCCCAGCACCACCAUCACCACCUCCACCACCACCACCACAGCCUCAAGGGCCUGGACGUGGAAAUCGGCUACCAGACGCGCCAAGUUCGUUGCGUGCGCAGCGACGGCAAGAAUGCCAUGCUGAGUCUUUGUACCCUUGACAACGGGCCUGGAACGUUCCAGUCGUGCAUUAUGCCCAGAGACUGCGAGACCUCUGAUUGGUCCAUUUGGAGCCCAUGUUCAAAGACAUGCAGGGCAUCAGACAUGUCACCUGGUUUUCGAGUCAGGACUCGAAGCAUAACGCAAACUCCUAUUGGACUUGGCAAAGAAUGCGCUGCUCUUGAAGAAAAGGAAGCCUGCAACAUCAUCGGAGAUUUACUUCCAAACUGCCCUAGGUAUGUGUGGAAGACCACAGAUUGGGGGGACUGUCAAGUGGCCCCUCUCCUCAGCCAGCAGGACAGAAGGCUUAACAAUGUUAGUGUUCUCUGUGGUGGAGGGAUUCAGACCAGGCAGCUGUACUGCGUCCAGGUCCCAGACAACUCCACCCCUCAUCACAGAAAAGAAGUCUCUAGGCCUGUAAGCGGGCUUCUGUGUGCUGGAGAUUUGCCGUCUGCGGUGCAGCCCUGCUCCAUACCGUGCCCACAGCUGUGCCCGCUCUCACCCUGGUCCUCCUGGGGGGCCUGUCUCCACGACAACUGCAUGGAGACACAUGGACGAAAAGGCUACAAGCAGAGGAGGAGAGAGGUGCUGGAGGAAGGAUCUGGAACAGAAAACUGUGCCCAUCUCCUGGAGUCAAUGCCCUGUGAGGAUCCGGUGUGCUUUUUGUGGCAGGUGCUGUUUGAGAGCGUUUGUGUGCCCAGCAAAGGGAACUGUGGAAAUGGAACCAGGACUCAAACUGUGGCUUGCGUCAACACACAAGGGCAGCUUGUUCCUGAGGAGCUCUGUGAAGAUGAGUCGCCCCCUAAAGAGGUGUCCUGUGUGAUGGCGUGUUCAGGUGACUGUGUGCUCAGCUCAUGGUCUGAUUGGUCCUCCUGCUCCCACAGCUGCUCCAGUAAAAACUUAGAAGGCAGACAAAGCCGCACACGGACCGUAUUGGGCUUACCUGGAGAAGCUAAGGCAUGUCCAGCUGCUACUGCUCUGGAGGAGUGGAGAACUUGUAACGCUCAUCCAUGCAUCUCGUUCUAUUGGGAAGCGUCGCCAUGGGGACCAUGCAUUGAAGACUCUUCCAUGAAUCUAAAUGGCACCAGCUACUGGAACGGAACGGCCACCUGUGCUGUCGGGGUGCAGAUUCGUAAAGUGGUCUGCAUGAAAAUGGGCGUCGGGCCGGUUAUUCCCAAAAGGUGUCCAGAAUCUGCCCGACCGGACACCAUUCAACCCUGUUCACUGCCCUGUAGGAAAGAUUGCAUUGUGACCCCUUUCAGUGAAUGGACAGCCUGCCCUACCACAUGCCUGCCAGUGAACAGCACCAUGCCCUCACAGUCACGAUACAGGAUCAUCAUCCAGCGGGCGGCCAAUGGGGGUCAAGAGUGUCCAGAUACUUUAUAUGAGGAGAGAGAAUGUGAGGCUCUUCUGGUUUGUCCUACUUACAGAUGGAAGACUCACAGAUGGCAUCCAUGUACUCUGGUCCCAGAUUCUGUCCAGCAGGGAAUGAAGGGAGCGAGUGAAUCGUGUGGUAAAGGAUUAGAGAUGAGAGGAUUGAGCUGUGUGGAUGAGUAUGAUGAGAUGGCAGCUGUGUCAGAGUGUCUCCGUUGGGCCGGACCAAUGCCGUCACGCUUCAGGAGCUGCUGGGUGCCCUGCAGGGAUGACUGCACCUUCAGUUCUUGGUCUAAAGUCUCUGAAUGCUCUGGAUGUGGGAGCCGACGUACCAGCAAACGCACCCUAACAGGUCGGAGCCGGAAACAGGACCGGUGUCUGAAGGAAGACUUGUACCCUCUGGUAGAGUCCGAGCCCUGUCCGUGCGAGGAGUUUGUUUCUCAGCCGUAUGGUAACUGGUCAUCUUGUGUCCUGUCUGAGACCCCGGUGCAAGGAUCCCUCCAGGGUUGGAGGGGUCGCCGAGAGGCACGUGACUGUGGUCAGGGGUUGCGUUAUCGUGCCGUGGCCUGUCUGGACCAUGAAGCCCACUUGGUUAGCCCAGAACUCUGCAGCGAAUCAGGUCUGGUGGAAGAGGUCUGCCACAUGCCCUGCCCUCUGGACUGUAAGCUGAGUGACUGGUCACCGUGGUCGGCCUGCAGUGCCUCCUGCGGCAGCGGGCUGAAAAUCAGGUCCAAAUGGCUUCGGGAGAAGCCGUUCAACGGUGGACGGCCAUGCCCCAAACUAGACCUGAAGAAUCAGGCUCAGGUGUAUGAGGCUGUACCCUGUCAAAGCGAGUGUGGUCAGUACGAGUGGGUAACAGACCCCUGGUCAGUCUGCACCAUCAACACAGUAGACGAACUGCCAGCCUGUGGAGAGGGUGUCCAAAGCCGCAAGAUCCGGUGUGUGAGGCGUGUUAGUGGGGAUCCGGUUAGCAGUGUGAACGAGACCCUGUGUGACCAGGAAGAAAUCCCUCCCCAAGCUCAGACCUGCGUCCUUCCAUGCCCUGGUGACUGUGUGAUGUCCCAGUGGAGUCAAUGGAGCACCUGUUCAAUACCAUGUGACGAAAGCACAGCGCGGAUGAGGACGAGACACAUGCUGCGCCCCCCAGUGGCCGACAGAGUGUGUCUAGACAGUAACCAGACAGAGCCCUGCAUCCUCAACAGCACCUGCUUCAAUUAUCACUACAAUGUCUCCAGCUGGAGCACCUGUCAGCUGAGCGAACAUGCCAUCUGCGGCCAGGGCACGAGGACACGACUCGUAGAUUGCGUCCGCAGUGAUGGCAAAGUGGUGGAUUUGAGUGUGUGCGAGGAGCUGGGCCUGUCGCAGCCGUGGAGACUGGCGAUGAAUUGUGUGGUGGACUGUCCCUUUAACUGCAUCCUGUCUGACUGGGCGCCCUGGACGGAGUGCUCACACACCUGUGGCAGUAAAGGUGUUAUGACUCGCUUUCGCAGCGUGUUACAGCAGGCUCAUGAGGAGGGGCGCCCCUGUGCCUCCCAGCUCUCCCAGACCAAACCCUGUCCCAUCAGCCCCUGCUACACCUGGCUUGUAAGCGAUUGGUCUCCCUGCAGAGUGGAGGGAGCUGAAUGUGGAGAGGGCACGAGGGAGAGGAACCUGACGUGUAUGGUGCACUGGUCAGACUGGCCGGACAGCCCAUACCCUUCUAAAGCGGUGGAGGACGAGAAGUGUGGAGACCGCGUGAGAAAGGAAAGUGAGCAGGAACUGCAGCAGCCGUGUUUCGUCCCCUGUCCAGGAGACUGUCACCUUACAGAGUGGUCUCUGUGGAGUUCCUGUCAGCUGACAUGUCUGGAAGGACGUAGUUUCGAGACAGUGGGCCGACAGGCACGUUCACAGGCCGUGGUCAUACAAGUGCUGGAGAAUCAGGAAAGCUGCCCUCAACAGGUCUUUGAGACGCGUCCAUGUAAAGGAGGGAAAUGUCAUAGUUACGAGUGGAGGACCAGCGCCUGGAAUGACAAUGAAAGAUCAGUCUGGUGCCAGCGUUCUGAUGGGGUCAAUGUGACAGGGGGCUGCUUUCCACAGAUCCGGCCAACCACUGUGCGGCACUGUCACCCUCCCUGCACCAAACCCUUCUCCCACUGCAAGCAGAGCGGUGUGUGUGGCUGCGAGAAGGGCUACACUGAAGUGAUGACCACACAUGGAUUCCUGGAUUACUGCACCAAGACCCCCGGUGCCGACAACAAGAAGGCAGAUGUGAAGACCAGCUCGGGAAGAUUAAAACCAGGCACCACUCAGAUGCAGGACUUCUUCGGCGAAUGGUCCCUGCAGCCGCUCGGCCCAGAUGGAAGGAUAAAGCUGUGGGUCUAUGGGUUAACAGCUGGAGGAUUCAUUCUCAUAUUAUUCAUAAUUGCUCUGGCCUUUCUGUUUUGCAGCAAACCAUCCAAACAGAGUAAAAGUGCAUUUCCGCCAUCGAAGCCCUUGACUCUGGCCUAUGAUGGGGAUGUGGACAUGUGAUCAAGCUCUCGGUGACUGUACAUUCAAAGCACAAGAUGCGUACAACAUUUUCAAAUGUUUAUCUUUCCAAGGCACCCUUUGGAUUUCCCAAAAAAGAAAAAAAAAACAAGGAAGAGAGAGAGACGAGGAGUAGCAUACAUAAAAUUUGCAGAAUACACAAAACAUUGUAUGUGAGACUGCAAGGACAAAGGUUUCGGAUCAGUCGUCAUUGUGGAAAUUGUGACAUUUAAAGAGAGGACGAGGCACAGCUGACAUUCCACGGAUCGGAGGACUUUGACAUUUUCUUGCCGUGAUUUUUCUUACAUCAUAAAAAAAAAAGAAGAAAAAAAUAACACAAAUUCAAGUUGUGCCGAAUCUAUUGUAUUAGUCGCAUUAAAAGCCUAGUUCACCCAAAAAUGCAAAUUGUCAUCAUUUACUCGAGCUCAUGUUGUACCAAACCUGUAUGACUGGUUCAUUAACGAUUCAUUUUCAGGAUUCUGAAAAAAAAAAACUCAACUGAAUCAAUCAAUUCAUUGAAAAGAGAUUACUUAAAAUAACUAUUUGUUCAUGAAAGUCAUUGUGAAUGUCAAGCCUCGCAGUGAAUAAUGACUUAAAUUGAGCACAAUGUUAUAUUAUGACUGAGAAGUCUUGGAACAUAGUGUACUUGUAUUAUUCCCUAAUAAUAAUGCUUUCAUUAUGCUUUUACAUCACGUUCGUCCUUUUUGAAGCUUGAAAUUCCAUUAGCAAUAACAACUGGUAGGCCUACAUUAUUCAAAUUUCUUCUUUUGUGUUCCACAGAUGAAAUAAAGUCAUUCAGGUCUGGAACAACUUGAGGGUUUAUAAAUAAUGACAGAAUUUUCAUUUUUGCUUGAACUAUCCCUUUAUGGCGAUGUGACUUUUUAUCAGAGAACGAGAAAAGACUGAUGUGUUAUGCACUAUAUUAGUGCUUAGUCAUUCUUUAGUUUCCUCUUGAUUUAUGUUCAAACAGAUUUUCUAGUGUUUUUUCAUUGUGAUGCAAGGACUUUGCUGUAAACCGUUGUGUUCGUGUAGAGCGUCUCUGAACGUGUGUAUGAUCCGCACAGUAAACUAAAACAGCUCAUUUCGACACCCCGAGAGGUUAGGGUGAUGAUCUGCCCGUGUGCUUCUUCAGCAUGCUCCAGUUUGUCCUUUAACCUCCGUCUAGCAGUUGUAAAAUUGAUGAGGUCUGCUCCAACACCAGCGGGUAAUGAACUGUUCCUGUGGCGUGCAGAAAGGCUUUUGAAACUGGCUUCCUGCAAUAUCCUGUGUUUAGGGGAACUCAUUUAGUACAGAUACAGUGGACCAAUGCGUUUAUGUAGUCUGCAUGAUCAUUACACCGGGAGAGGUGCUUCAAUGCUAUGAAUGUUCAUCAUUUUUUAAUAAAGUACAGGUGCUGGUUCUGUAUUUUAAAAAUAUCCCUGCUAGUUCUUUUUGCUUUAUUGACUGACUUCUUGCUGACAUAAUUGUCUUGACUAUCCGUUUCAAGACCUGCAGUGUCAAGGUUCGCUUCGUUCCUUGUACUGCCACGUGGAAAACUUAAAUCUCAAUAACAUAACUUGUGGAACCUCUGCUUAACGUGGUCUUGUUCCACUGAAAGAAUGUAUUCUGUGUGUGUUACAUACAGUGUAAAAACAAUUCAUUAAGCUAUGACAGCACAUGUGUUUACAUUGCUUUAACCCAUCAAAAUGAGUUAAGCCAUUUUCAGUUAUACAAGAUUCAACUCGUUUUAUAGUCAGUUUAAUUUAAUUUAAGUUGAAAUAACUUAAACAUCCAAGUUGAUUGUACUUUUAAAAAAAAUAAGGCAGCAACUUUUUUUUCUUUUCUUUUGUUCGUUUUUGAGUGUUUCUGCUGCCGUACAGUACAUGUGAUAUGUAAGUGCUGGCUGGUUAGUCUACAGAACCGAACCAUUCCAGUUCCUGUAUGUUUGAGAUCCAUCCGGAUGAUCUGCUGCUCAAAAGGCUUUUGGCGUAUUUCUAAAUCCACUGAUGUGAGAAGCUAAAAUGUGUAUAGCUUAUAACAGGUUUAUUUAUUUAUACAAACUCUGGAAAUAAAAAAAAAUGGCAAUAUAUAUUUAUUUUGAAUCCCAAUUGUGCAUAUGCAUGCUGGAUUGAUUUUGUCAUACACUGGAUUAUUCCAAAAGUGGCCUUGCAUUUUUAUGGAAACGUGCUCCUUUAGUGACAAAGUCAACAGUGUGUUUUGUUUGUUUGAUUUACUUGGUUUUUAUUUGUUGCCCCUUAGAAUUGACUUGUUUACAUGGCUUCUUCUUAUUAUUAUUCUUCAAUUUGCUAUUUAUGUUCAAUUUGCUCUCAGCACUACUGUAUAUACAGUUGCCUGUAAAACACUGACCUUUAGUUUACAUAGUACUUUGUUUUAAUUGUGUGUACUUGAAGAGUUGACCGAAAAUGCUAAUAAAUUGUGAUACUCUGUGGGAAAAGU